AUGUCCCAUCUUCAGUAUCAUUCUCCUCAUUAUGUCAGCAGCAGCAGCAAAAUUGCUCGCCCAUCGUCUAUUGCACUACCCGCAUCCAGUAUUCAAGCAACACAAACAAUAACAAACAAUGGCAGCAAAAAGAAACAAAUAAAACAAUCUACUUCUCGCCUAUCGAAAUCACAUUCAAUGCAUCGGCUAUUACUACAACAAGACGACGAAAUGGAGGAGCCCAUGCAUCGCAGAGCCCUGUUAAGCCGUGCAACCACUACACCCAUGCCGCGGCCAUCCAGCUUAAUUCAACGGUUCUCAGACCACACUGCCAUGAAGCGAUACAGUUCACUGAUGAACCCACCUUUGAAGCAAUCGCUUUCCAAUACCACAGAUCAACCAGACGAUGAAUAUACCGGUGGUGGGGGUGGCGACUUCGUUUGCAACAACAAAAAGGAACAUGAUUUCAGACUGGGCCAAAGAGUAUGUGUCCCUAGUCAUCAUGUUGUUGGCACAGUGAGAUAUUUUGGGGAAACAAAGUUCAAAGAAAAGGGUGUUUGGGUUGGCAUCGAGCUGGAUAUCAUAGGCACUGCUAAAGUCAUUGCCCUGGAAGAUAGCCAAAAAAAGAAAAUUGUGCCUCGCAUUAGCAAAACUACUGCCAUUGCCACUACAAAAAAGAGCCAUUCCUCCUCCACCAGCGCCAGUACUGCCAACAAGCGAAAGAGCAUGAUUGUUGCGUCGGCUACCACCACCACAAGCACAUCUACAUCCACCAAUGCCACCUGUAAAUCCAUUAGCAGCACGCCCAAGCGACAUCGAUCUGCGACCACUGCAACAGCGCCAUUGAACCCAAGUAAAUCAGCUCGCACACUAUCAACAGCACGUUCUUCCAAUGCCCCGUUACCCACACGAAGCACUCCAUCCGGUGCUACGAAAAAGAUGUCCUCAUCGACAAAGACAAACAAAUCUGCAUUGAAAAAAUCAUCAUCCAUGAGUACAAGUAGCACAGAUUGUUACCACCACCAUCAUCGACCGUCGCAGCAGCAGCAGCAGCAGCAGCAGCAACAGCAAAAGAGACUCAGUGCCGAUAUUGAAUUAGAGCGUAUGCACGCACUGCUCGAAAAAUCAAGACAAGAAAAACGAGCACUUUCGCAGCAAAUGGACGGUCAAGAGGCAGCAUGGGAGCGUUUGGUCAGCGCCAAAGAAAGCUAUGCUGUACGUGUGCAAGAAAAGGACGAUGAGAUUGCCAAGUUAAAACGGCUGUUGGACAGCUCGAGCCAAGCAACACAUGAGCUAGUCAAAAUGACGAGCGAACGUGAUGCUGCACUCUCCAGAGCAUCCAUGUCAGAGGCAAUGGAGAAGCAGCACAGCAAGGUCAUUGAGAGACUGGAUUUGCAAGUAAGAACAUUGCUGCAGCAGCUCGAAACACAGCAGCAACAUCAUGAGGCUGCACAGCGUGAUUUUGCAGCGCAGCUGGAUCAAGUACGCAAACAGUUGACAGAACGCGACGAGGCAGCAGCUAUUGUCGAGCGCGAAUGCAGCGAGCUUCGUCAAGCCCAUGUCAAGACGAUACAAGCAUUUGAGGCUACUAUAGAACAACGUGAAACGGAACAUACAACCGCAGUGACUAACAAGGACGCACAUAUAACCAAAUUACAACUGAUGGUAAAUGAUCUCAUGUACCCCUCUACUGCAUCGCCCAUUGUUGAAGGUGAUUCCACGCGACAUCGAUUAGAAGCGCAGCUAGAGCUCACUACAUCUGAACUGGACAAGGAACGCGAGCUCAUCAAAGCACAAACACUGGAAAUCAGUCAUCUCAAGGACGAAAUCAAGCGACUGCACCGUGUAUCCGUGUGCUCUUCAUCUGAUUUCUAUCAAUUGCGAUCUGAAUUGGAGCAUGAAAUCGAAGACAAGAGGCGCAUCAUGGAAGAAGCCAAUGCAGCGCUGGAAGUGCAGGCCAGAUUAGAGGAAGAAAACGAACGCAUCAAGCUUACCAAUGAAAAGACACAGCGAGAUUUAGCAGACGUACUGCGAAAACUAGCCACCACUGAAAAAGAACGAGGGUCUGCUGAUUUACUAGCCAAAUACAGCCAACUGGAAUCAGAGAAUGAGAGACUUGCGUUGCAGCAAAAGCAAACAGAGCACGAAUGCAUGCGUUUGAUGGACGAGUUACUUGCUAUCGAGAAGGUGGAAUCCAGUGCGACUCUGCAGGACGACGAUAAAAUGUACCGACGCGAGAUUGAGCAGCUAAAAUUGCAGGUAAACCGAGAAGUCAGAAAGUAUCAAGACUUGGAGCAGAGCAAGGAAGCCAAAAUUCAGAAGCUGUACAAGGAGUUAUCUGAUCUGGAAUCGUUGGUGGAAAACAAAGUGUUUAAUGAAACAGAACUAGAGGAAGCCAUUGAAUGCGAGAAACGAAAAGUGCGUAUGCUAGAGGGCCGAUUGAGAGAAGAAGAAGAAAAGAAUAGAAGGUUGUCUAUUCAUGCACCCUUGUCGCCCACAUCACCGCAGUAUUUCCUGUUCAACAGACAGCAAAAUCACCAGCAGCAGAAGAGAUCUUCCACAGGGUCCUUUUCUCUCAUGACAAGCACCAGCAUGGACACUGUAUCUGAUCAUGGCAACUUGUUGGAAAGCAUCUACUGCGAGAUCUGUGAAGAGUAUGGCCAUGAAGUGAUGACAUGCAAUGCGUAUAAGCAAAAGACAAUCUUGGGCAAAGACGAUGACCUUUAUGAAAGCAGAUAUUCUUACUAUUGUGUCAAUUGCGAUGUAUUUGACACGCAUCCCACAGAAGCGUGUCCAAAUCAAGACGAAACAUUCUAA